AUGGGAAGUUACUUCAGCUUGGCCCAAUGGCAGGAGCUUGAACUUCAGGCAUUGAUCUUCAGGCAUAUGUUAGCUGGUGCAGCUGUUCCUCCUGAACUCCUCCACCUAGUCAAGAAAAGCCUUCUCAAUACUCCAUAUUACCUCUCCAACCCUCUUCCUCACUACCCCUAUUACCAGCCAGCUUUGCUACAACCAGGUUAUUGGGGAAGAGCUGCCAUGGAUCCGGAGCCCGGCCGGUGCCGGAGGACUGACGGAAAGAAAUGGAGGUGCUCAAGAGAUGUGAUGGCUGGGCACAAGUACUGCGAGCGCCACAUGCACCGUGGCCGGAACCGUUCAAGAAAGCCUGUGGAAAUCCCCACACCCACCACCGCCGUUCACGGUGGUACUGGUAAUGGUGGUGGUGGAGUCCUCAAAAUCAACAACCCCGUUGUUUCUCAGCCCCUAACCGCCGUGGCUGGUGGUAACAACCAUUUUGGGCUUUCUGUGCCUUCACCUUCCAUGGAUCUCCUCCACUUCCAUCAAAGGCCCUUGGAGUCAAAAACUGAAAACAUGGGUCUACUUAGAGGACCCCAAAAUGAGGUAUCUGAGGACGGCAAAUCCAAUGGUGGAGUCCUUCGCCAUUUCUUCGAUGAUUGGCCAAGAUCACUUAAUGAAACUGACAAUGCUGAAAGCAAUGGUAGCUCCGUGGCUUCGGCCACCAACCUCUCCAUUUCGAUCCCGGGAAACCCCUUGUCCGACUUCUCAUUGAAACUGUCCACUGGUACUACUACUAAUGGAGAUGAAGCAGGGCCUCAAGAGGGCAAUGUAGGACGAGAGAGACCCCAUUUGAAUUGGGCUGCAGCAUGGGGGUCGAACCAGGUGGCUCCAAUGGGUGGACCAUUGGCUGAAGCAUUGAGAUCAUCAACCUCCAAUUCGUCGCCGACUAGCGUUCUACAUCAGUUGCAGCGCCGCUCUGCGUCGGAGGCGAGCUAUGUCAGCACCUGAAUGUUGUGUUUCUUCAAGUUCUACAAAAUCAUGGAUGUUUUAAAUUUAUUUCUUAUGCUUUGCUUGCUCUUUUUUUUUUUAAUUGUUUCUUUCCAUGUUGAGGUCUCUCGGUGAUAGGUUGUGUAUAUUGUGGUGUUUAAUUGAUCUUAAUUUAGACUCUGCUUGUGGGCAUGAGAGUUAUUCUUGCUCAUCUUGAUGGAGAAGAGGGUAUGUGGUAUGUGUUAUAUUGUGUUCUGGAUGCCACAGAUUGUAUAACUAGAGAGCCAUUGCACCCCCAUCAAAUCCCAGAGCAGCUCUAAUGUGAAAAUCUAAUUAAUUUAGGGGAAAGAGAAUCAAAUCAAUGGA